GCGAGGGAAAGGGAAAAUAAAGUAAAAAGUUCGAAACCAUAGAUAGGUAUUAGUCUCGCGAAAGACCAAAGCCUGCACUUUAGAGCCUCAACAAUUUACAUAAACCACCUGCAUGCAGUACCUAAAAGAUCACGUAACGUUAAAGUUAGUGCCAAAGUCGCAUCGAAACGGGGCAUGCAGAAAAAGGAUAAAAAAGAAAAGCCAAUAGUCCAGAGUCGAGACGGGGCUUUUUCUAUAUAUAUCUCUUCGUAUACUUCGUAUUAAUAUACAGGACCUGCUCCGUUUAGGUGCAUGGUUUAUAUUAGCCGGGCAACAGCUGCUGGAUCAAUUCUCUCAAUGACGACGACUUUAUAGUUGCGACGUCGCAUUCUAGCCUUUUACGCCGUUCGAAAUUCGGGAAGGAGAUGUGGACUGUGGACGCUUGCUUCUUAAGUAACGUGGCAUGGCAUUGCAGCCGUCUAACUAAAAACAAAAACAAAAUGGGUGGUAAGAAGUAUAAGAGUAAUAUAAAAUAAGUCAGAUUCCUUUUACCUAUAUGUUCCUGUAAGGUCAGCAGCAUAAUAUAAUAAAUUCGAGAAGAAGGAAAAGGAAAACCAUCCCCAUCGUACCACAUUUCAGACUAAACUCAUCCACUCCCAGUCCUCGCCAUACCUACCUAACCUAGUACCUAGAUACCUAACCAUGCGUGCCUUCACCGCCCUACUAUCCCUCCCAGCCCUCGCACUCGCGGCAAGCAUCGCGCGCCGAGCCGGCUCCGUGCCCGCAGGUCCCUGGUCCGCCGGCGUGUGGCGCCAGCCGCUCAACGACGACAUAUUCUUCGUCGGCGACAGCAUCAACGCCAGCGGCGGCAAGUUCUACGUCAACAAGAACACGUCCGCUUACUGCCCGUCGGGCGUCGAGAACCUCGACUGCUCGGCCUACCCGGGCACCAAGACGGUGUUCAGGGGAGGCAACGACACCAUGUUCUUGGAUGCCGCCGUGCCGGGUGGACAACAGGUCUACGUAGCAGCCGACGGCUCCCUCUCCUACACCGUCCCGCACUCCGGUGCUCUACCAGAGGGCGCCUCAGCAACCGGCUUCCAGCGCGAGCGCAGCGAGUCCUUCGGCGCGCCCGUGACCCUGAGCCAAGCGGGCAAGGCGUGGCUGAUGUGUCCGGUCAGCGAGGGCGAGCCGCGCGAGAGAACGUACCAGAUAUUCGUCGACCACACCGAUCUGGAGGACUGCCUGUACAGCGGCAUGCGGACGUACACGGAUGAGGGCGAUGCGUGGGAGUAUGUUUGAUCGAGGAAAGGUUUGGGUUGGUUUUUUAGUGCGUGGUUGACAUCGCCGGAUGGAUAGGGCUAAGGGCA